AUGAAGGAGUGUUUGAUUCAGCUACCAACACUAACCGCGCCACGAGAAAAAGAGCCGCUGAUUCUGUACCUAUCCGCAGUAGAGGUAGCAGUCGGCGCGGUAUUGAUGGUAGAAAGAGAAAACAUCCAGACCCCAAUCUACUACAUAAGCAAGAUGCUCACCGGGCCAGAAACGCGCUACUCAAUGAUAGAAAAGCUGGUCCUUGCGCUAGUACAUGCAUCUCGACGGCUUCGCCGAUAUUUCUCAGGUCAUGUCAUCAUAGUUCUCAUUAACUAUCAUUUGGGGCAAAUUUUGUCUAAACCCGAUGUUGCGAGAAGAUUAGCUAAGUGGGCUAUCGAACUAGGAGGAUACAACAUCCUCCAUAGACCACGACCAGCAAUCAAGGGGCAAGUCUUAGCAGAUUUCGUCACUGAAGUACCCAUAGAUAAAAUACAAGAAUGUGAAGCAAUCCAAAACCCUGUUCCUGUUUUCGAUGACAGAGUCUGGACUCUGCACACAGAUGGGGCUUCAAAUGACGAUGGGGCAGGUGCUGGUCUCCAUUUAAUCAGCCCAGAUGAUCACGAACUUACAUACGCCAUACGCUUAGAUUUCCGAAGCACGAACAACGAGGCAGAAUAUGAAGCAUUUUUAGCAGGCCUCCGUUUAGCGCUUAAGAUGGGAGCAAAAAAUCUUGAAGCCAAUGUCGAUUCAAAACUAGUAGCUGAGCAAGUUAAUGGCCAUUAUGAUGCGAAAGGUGAAGCUAUGGCGUUAUACCUAGAACAGGCGCAAAUGCUAAUCAGUCAAUUCCAGACGUUCAAAAUAAACCAUAUAAACAGAAGUGAGAACAAACACGCGGAUGCAUUAAGCAAAUUGGUUGCUACCAGUUUCAGACACCUAGCUAAAAAGGUACGCAUAGAAGUACUGUCCAAUCCUUCCGUUCCUCUCAAACAAGUAAACAUUGUAGAAGUUGGCAAUCCUUCCUGGAUGUCCCCGAUCAUCUUGUACUUACAGCACGGCAAACUCCCGGAGGGAAAGGCCAAAGCCAGGAAAAUCCAACACAAGGCAAUAAACUAUGAGAUGGCGGACGGAAUUCUGUAUCGAAAAUCGUUCAUGGGUCCACUCCUGCGAUGUGUAGACAAAACAGACGCAUAG